AGCUCCUCUCUCCUGCAGAUGCUGAUGCAGUACUUAUACUACGGGGGCACAGAGUCUAUACGAGUACCAACAGCUGCUAUUCUAGAGCUCCUGUCUGCGGCCAGCCACUUCCAGCUCAAUGCUCUGCAGCGACACUGUGAAACCAUCUGCUCGCAGAACAUCGACACAGACAACUGCGUCAGUAUCUACAAGUACGCCAAGAUACACAAUGCUCCGGAGCUGGCUCUAUUCUGCGAGGGGUUCUUUCUCCAAAACAUGAGGCCACUGCUGGAGCAGGAAUCCUUCAAACAACUGAUCCACGGGCGCAGCAGCAAAGUGCAGGGUCUGGACACCCUGACGGACUUAAAGACCACACUGACCAACCGCAUCAAAGACAUUUACAUCUCAUGCAGAGUGUGACUUGCAGGCCUGGCCUGCGGCUGGAGUACGUGAUGGCCAGGAGGUGGGAUGUGCGGGGCUCCUGGACACAAGAUGGUGUAGCUGGGGGAAGAUACUGGUCACAGCAGCGUUAGGAUGGGGCACGGGCCCUACAGGAUGAUGUAAAUGACAAGACAUAAAUAUUACACGGUUUGUAUGUAUAUGUAGAUAAAGCCAGUGCCUGAGAUAUUAUUUGUAUAUAUAACCCUAAUAAUAAUGCCACCCCAUAAUUAAUAAAACCUGGUCUCUGGCCAAGUGAUCGACAUGUGGGCGCAGAGAAGAGGUGGAAGGUCUGCUCUGUAUUACAGGAAUUUGCACCUUAUAGAUGAUCUGACUGGAACCUUCACAAUAAUUAUUACAUAUCAUCUAGAGAUCAUUGGCGGACAAAGAAAUACAGUUUAAUGUACGGUCUGCCAUGUUUAUACAGACCGCACGCACAGGCAAUAUUCUGUAGAGCGCAAAUUCAAGUGUUCCUGAUGGUUGAACUGGACAUUGUUGCACCAUGUUUUAUUAGUGUGUUUAUUUAGGAUAUAAAUACGUUCUUUGUUCCA